AUGAACGAAAACGCAUUGCGGGCGGAUUAUAGGCCAAAAGGGGAAGAAACUGCGGGGAAAGCGUAUAGGGCUCGGAUGCAUUGCUUCUUUGCUGAGCUGGAGCCGUCUAUUCCCGUAACAGAACAAAACCUGGCAGACAAAGCACGGUACAUCAUGCGCUCGAAAAUAUUUGAUGAUGCCGAACUCGAACGACUACGACGUGAAGCUAUUCCCUCAAUGAAUGAAUGGUCUAUGACUGGGGAUACGGCUUCUCAGGCGACAGACCAGCAUCCAAACGAAGAAGCCACCAUGGAUCUUCCAGUUGUGGUUAAUUCGGCCGAUGAUGAAAAAGUCUUAUACGUACUAGAGAAAAUGAGGAGCAUAUUAGAAGAGGCAAUUUUGGAAACGCGCAGCAUGCUUCUCGAAAAUUGA